ACUAUGAUUCAUUCCUCACAACAAGCAAAGCACAAUGUGACAUUUUCACGAUAGUAUCCCAGGAAGCCGGGCAGAUUACCUGGGUGCACACAGUGAGGAGCAGCAGCUUUUCUAAUGCUCAUCAUAACAUCAGAGCCUGGUCAUUCCACAACUUUCUCCACCCGGAAACACGAAGAUAAAACCGUGCGUAUGUAUGUUCCUGAUCAAUAUAAUCUAGCUGGCUGAGUUGUUGGGGAACAAUAAAGACGAUACAUUCCACUGACGAGAUUAAUCAUGGCAGAGCAGGAAAACUGCAGUUCUAAGCCUCUCACUCCAUUAGAGCUGUUUAAUAAAGUAACAACACAAGGCGAAAAAGUGCGAGUGCUGAAGACAGAAAAAGCACAAAAGGAUGACAUUGACGCUGCCGUCAAGCUUCUGUUGGCUCUAAAAGUGGAAUAUAAGAGUGCGACUGGACAGGAUUAUAAGGCUGGUUCUCCCCCUGCAGAUAACACACCCGUAAUCAACAAUGGUCCAUCAGCUGCAGAUAAUGGAGAUGAUUUUGUUGACCCAUGGACAGUGCAGACAGGCAGUGCAAAGGGUGUGGACUAUGACAAGCUUAUUGUUCGAUUUGGGAGCAGUAAAAUUGAUAAGGAACUUAUUGAUCGAAUUGAAAGAGUCACAGGCAAAAAGCCACAUCACUUUUUACGGAGGGGGAUUUUUUUUUCUCAUAGAGACAUGCACCAGAUCCUUGAUGCAUAUGAAAACAAGAAGCCUUUUUACCUCUAUACAGGAAGAGGACCGUCUUCAGAAGCGAUGCAUGUGGGUCACCUCAUCCCGUUUAUCUUUACAAAGUGGCUUCAGGAAGCGUUUGAUGUUCCAUUGGUUGUCCAGUUAACAGAUGAUGAAAAAUACCUGUGGAAAGACUUGACCACAGAGAAAGCUUAUCAGUAUGCAGUAGAAAAUGCCAAGGACAUCAUAGCAUGUGGUUUUGACAUAAAUAAAACAUUUAUCUUCUCAGACCUUGAAUAUAUGGGAAAUAGUUCAGGAUUUUACAAAAAUAUUGUGAAGGUUCAAAAACAUGUGACGUUCAAUCAAGUAAAGGGAAUCUUUGGCUUUACAGAUAGUGACUGCAUCGGAAAAAUCAGUUUUCCCGCCAUCCAAGCUGCCCCUUCUUUCAGCAGCUCCUUCCCAGAAAUAUUUAAAUGCAGAAACGACAUUCAGUGCCUCAUUCCUUGUGCCAUUGACCAGGAUCCAUAUUUCAGAAUGACAAGAGAUGUGGCCCCCAGAAUUGGCUUCCCAAAACCAGCCUUACUACAUUCAACAUUCUUCCCAGCUCUGCAAGGAGCGCAAACAAAAAUGAGCGCCAGUGACUCCAACUCUUCCAUCUUUCUUACCGACACACCCAAACAGAUCAAAACAAAGGAUUAUACAAGUGGGGCAAUGUUGACUGGUGAACUUAAGAAAUUAUUAAUAGACACAUUACAGCCAUUGAUAGCAGCACAUCAAGAGAGAAGAAAACAGAUAACCGAAGAGACGGUGAAGCAAUUUAUGACUCCAAGGAAACUGGCAUUUGACUUUUAGUAUAUUUUAAACCAGUGUAUAUUAUUAAUUAUGUACUGUAAUUUAUCAAUAAAUACAAUGAUCAUG